AUGUCUUCAUUCAAAAAUUUGGUGCGCUUUUCCAGCAACGGCCAAGUCCACUACGGUGACUUGGUGGAGGCCAGAGACGGAAAAUAUGUCGUUCGCCGAUUGGAAGGAACUCUGUUCGAGGAUGAAUUAAUCCAGACAGAAGAGUACCACACGGUCGAUUCUCUCCUGGCACCCAUCGAGAAAACACCUCUGAUCAUAUGCAUCGGCCUGAACUACAGAGCCCACGCCGAGGAAGCAAAGCUUGUUGUACCGACGUAUCCUCCCGUCUUCACUAAGCCUGCCGAUGCCCUAGCAGGGCCAUUUGAGCAGAUUCCAAUUCACCCUGAUGCACAGGAGCUUCUUGACUACGAGGGCGAGUUGACUGUGAUUAUUGGGAAGAAUGCUUUGAAUAUUACCGAGGAGAAUGCCCUAGACUAUGUUCUCGGCUUCACGAUCGGAAAUGAUGUUUCCGCUCGCAAUUUCCAGCUUCCAGAAGCCUCCGGCGGACAAUUUUGCUACGCCAAGUCGUUUGACAAGUUUGGUCCCAUCGGCCACACAAUUGUCUCGGCAGAGCAAAUUUCAGAUCCACAGGCACUACAGCUGCGCACACGCGUUAACGGUGUGACCAAGCAGGAGACUAGCACGGGAGAUAUGAUAUUUGGGGUGCGGCAGAUUAUUGCUCACUUAUCCCGUGGAACAACGCUACGGAAGGGAACUGUUAUUAUGACUGGUACGCCAUCUGGGGUGGGAUACUUCCGGAAAGAGUUCUUGAAGGAUGGUGAUAUCGUCGAGGUGGAGUUGGAGGGGUUGUCAACGGUUCGGAACGAAAUGAAGUUCGUCUAG